UUUCGACGGCCACGGCGACGGCAACGAGCAGCGGGUGCUAAAUGCCGCGGCGGGCGCGCGCCAUCCCGCUCGAUCCCGCGCGUCGUACGCACCUCUCGCUCGCGCCGGCGCGAACACGUGUUUAUUUGUAUGUUUUAUCCUUCAGCGGCUUUAAACCCAACCCACCCCGACCGCAAAGUGCGCUCCGCGCCCGCCGCGCCCGCGCCGUCGCCGCCUCUCGCUCGCCGCCGCUGCCGCGAAACUUUGUCCGAAGUCGACGGGCGCGGACGUACGCGCGUAUUAAUAGCGACCGGACACCGCACCGACUCGCGGCACGAGCCGCCCCCACGAGUCGUUCCACAACCACGCCGCACGUCGCACGCAUUUACACUCGCACCCCUCAAAACACGACUCUACGAAAACACGACACGAAACGUAAUUAAAAUAAAAUUCAAAAAAACUUCACAUAGAAAGCGAGAGCGACGCGCGUGACGGCGAUCGCGUAAAUACCGAGCGCAAAAAGUGCCGUCAGUGAAACUAGUGAAAAGUUUUUUCGCCGAGCGCGGGGGAGCCACCCCUCGGCGGCGGAAAAAAUCGGCGCCUCGCGCCCCUCGCGCGCCCCCGCCGAACUUUUCAUUCACCGAGGAAAAAAGUGUGGCAAGGCCGCCCGUGACGUCACCGCGUCAAGUGGGCACGCGUGCGUUCCCUAGCAACUAGUUGUCUCCGUAGUUUAUAGUAGUGAUGGUGUGUUGCGGUCAACGUGUGUGAUGACAGUGAGUGGACAGUGAGAUGUAGGAGAAGCCAGCUGACUCUAUGUGUAGCACGCAGAGACGGGUGGCGAGGAUGCACCUGACGGGUGCGAGCAGCGGCGCCGUAUCGCCGGACACCAGCUCGACGCUGCUGCACGAGACGUAUACGAAGAUGACGUCGGACAUUCUGGCGGAGCGAACAUUGGGGGACUUUCUGUCGGAGCACCCUGGGGAGUUGGUGAGGACGGGUAGUCCUCACUUCGUCUGCACGGUGUUACCUCCACACUGGAGAUCAAACAAGACCCUCCCUGUUGCCUUCAAGGUGGUGGCUCUUGGGGAUGUAGGCGACGGCACGCUGGUUACCGUGAGAGCAGGGAACGACGAGAACUGCUGUGCGGAGUUGAGGAACAGUUCGGCCGUGAUGAAGAACCAGGUGGCGAAGUUUAACGACCUGAGGUUCGUCGGCCGCAGCGGUCGCGGCAAAUCGUUCACGUUGACGAUAACGAUAUCGACGACGCCGCCGCAGGUCACCACUUACAACAAAGCCAUCAAGGUGACGGUGGACGGGCCCCGGGAACCGCGCUCCAAAACCAUGCUUUCGCUUCUAGGGCAGCAACAGCAGUUCCACUUCGCGUUCGGGCAGCGGCCCUUCCCCUUUCCGCCCGACCCGCUAGGCGGGUUCCGCAUGCCGCCGAUCACUACCUGCCAAAAUAUGAGCCAAUUCGGUCUCAGCUCAAGCAACUCCCACUGGGGCUACGGAAGCGCGAGCGCAUACCCUGCGUACCUUUCAUCCUGUGCGGCUCCUACUGCACCACAGUUCAACCCACCAGCGUUAGGGUUUGGUGGGAGCGUGCCUGACCAGACACCCUCGCAGGACUUUGGCACUAAUAACACAGUGCUUCCCGACACGACAGCUGUAGACCUGGACCAGCAGCUGUCUGGGCUCGUGGGGUCAUCGCCCUCGCACCAUCCCAGCCUCCUCCCCCGCUACAACAACAACACCGACUACAGCCUCUCCACCGGCCCGCGCUCACUCAGCGACAACAGCUCGCAACCAGAGAGCCCUGUCCAAGACGACCUACUAACAUCAAACACAACCACAAACGUCAAUCACUCCAACAGCUCAAACUUUCCAUCCUUAAUGGGCAGUCAGAACUCCUCUUACGGCAGCAGUAACUGUAACAACUCCUUAUAUCCUGUCUUACCAGCAAGUCUGCUAUAUAGCCAACUUUAUACAGCAGCGAACCAGACGCACAACUUCCAUCCUUUACACUCGAACUCGAUACAUUCGACGCAAAACCACCACAAUGAGCUACAGACGAUGAUGGAUCAAAUAUCUUCAACGACGAACAAUCAUAGACAGCACGGGAAUCACGGGCAAGAGUUAUUGCUUGGUGGAGGAAAUUCUUGUGCAGCCGCUGCGGCGAGAGGGGAGGAUGGCAGAGUAAAUAAUCUUGGACAGCGGGGAAACCCUCAACCAGACAGCAAUACUGUUUGGCGACCUUACUAAAGUCAAUUUGACGCUUCUUUCUUUGAAGCGACGUUUCAGUAAAGGACACGUUUCAGGUGCAGUGCUAUGUAGAUACGAGAAUUUCUUGGUUAAUAAGAAAUAUUUCAGCGAAUACCCCAGUUCAGAGCAAUAAUUCAAAUAUUUUCUAUUAAACAUAGCAAACGGGCAGUUUAUUUUCGAAAAGUCCACGUAAGUACUUUUAAAAGUACAGAAGAAAGAAGUUGUCAAUAAAAUUAUACAAUACGAUUGCAACGAAAUAGAAUGCGGAUGUUAAUUAUUACGAUAGAAUGUAAUUAAAUGUAAAAUAUAAAAACGUACGGGUAAAUUUAUUUAGCAAAAUUGUAUGUUCUUUGAAAUUCGCACCCGUCCUGAAAUUAUACGACUUUGAUUUAAUCGAUUCAAAAGUAGAGUCGUGAGUUUUUGAAUAUUAUUCAAAAAUGUAAUUUGUAAAUAAGAAUCUGUGAAUACUUUGUUGUAAAUGCGUAAUGUUAAGUGCAAUAGAUGUGCAAUUAUAACGUUGAGUAGAUGUAUACUGAUAGACUAAAGAGACGCUGUCUGUUGGGAAUGUGACGUAAGUCCAUAGUUGUAAAGUACCCUGCUACUUAUAAAGUUACGCGCCUCGGCACUCUUUGUCUAACUUUGUUACACCAGCUACUACACAAAACAUAGCUCUAAACCUAGUUCCAUAAAGUCAAAAACAAUAUAUUACGUCUACUAUAUAUGGAUACUAUGGAUAUAAUGUUUGAAUGGCACAAAACGCAGGUAGCCUAAACGCAGCUUAGGCUUUAUUGUUAUAAAAUAUGUACCCAGUAUAUAUAAACAUGAACGUAGGUAUUAAAUAUAUUAAACCGGGUCACUCACCUAUAUAAAGUCGAUGAUUGCUCGAUAUUGUUCGCUCCAUAGCGAGGAGCAUUUUCAUAGAUAAUGCCGAAAACGAGGGUAGUUUCUCGUCUCCCCUGUCGCAGACGGCUACAGCCCGCAGUCUGCGUCGGACCACCAACGAGUGCGCUCUAAGAAUAUGCUCCUGGUUAUUUACGUGAUACGCUGACGCUAUAUAUACGUGAGUGACCCGGUUUAAUUUAUUUAUUAUAUAAGUAUCUCGCGGAAGUAAUGUUAUUACAAUGAACGUACGUUUCUUUUAUCGUUCGUGGAACAGAAAGAUGGCCGAAGCACAUAAUUUUAUUCGUAGUUUUGUAGAUACCGUUUUAGUUUCGGUAGGAAUACCUAUGUUUUUCCUUCAGUGUCAUAUUGAUAUUGUUUCAAGUUAUCGCUUUUCGAUCUCGGCAUUUCUUACAAAAGCUGUGUUUAUUAAAUAGGCAGGUACAGUCAAGUGUAAAUAAAUGGGUUAAAAAUUAAACAUUGACAAAGAGCACAUACGAGUUUGUUACAUUUUUAGGAGACUUUAAAUGCUUUAGGGCUUGACUGUCCUCUUACAUAUAUUUUGUAUUUAAUUAUGAACAUAAACACAAAGUAUUAUAUUAUAAUUAUUGAUAAUUUACACUAAUAGUUAUUGUGCCAGCCUAGCCGGAACCAAAUGUAUGUUAAUUUAAUUUAGCUAAUCAUUGAUUAGAUUUUUAGUGCAAUAUAAAAUAAAAUUAUUUAGUUUAGAUACAU